AUGCUGAGUUCAGAUCAAGUGAUGAGUUAUGUCGUUGAGGAUUCCGGCUUGAUGAAUGCGGAAUGUAGUGGUAGCAAAUCCAUCGAACAAUCUUACUGUGCCAGCAAAUCAACGCAAGGUCACAGUUCUGUUGUAGAUCAGCUGCAAUUAGAUAACCAUAUCAAUGAGUUGGGGGAUGAUGUGAUGCUGGAUGAUGCUUUGCGCAUGGAAGUUACAUCUGCUCUGAAGGAAUGUGGAGAAGAUAAUAGCGGCAAUGAAUUGGGAGUUGAUAAUGUGAUGGUGGAGAAGGAUGCCUUGCACAAGGAAAUUUCAUCUGUGACGAAGAAUAAUGAUUUGGUUGUUUUUACUUUAGUUGGCAAGACUGCAAGAAGUGAGAAAGAAGCUUAUGAUUUGUAUAAUGAUCAUGCCCAAUUGAUUGGUUUUAGUGUGAGAGUGGAAAAACAGAAUUUUAGAAGUAAGACUGAUAAAGUUAGGAUGAAGAAAUUCUGUUGUAACCGCGAAGGAGACAAGAGAUCCGGUGGAAAUGGUGAUGUGUGCCAUGAGAGGAUUAAUUUUCGGUGUGAGUGUCCAGCUUAUAUCCAUUUUACUGUUGACAAAGAUGGCUUGUGGACCUGUACAAAGCAUCCGGCUGAUCACAAUCAUGAUCUUGUGCCAAAUGAAAUGAUUGGACUUCUUCAAUCUCAACGUGAAGUAGAUGAAAAUGAUAUGAAGAUAAUCAGAGACAUGACAAGGAGUGGCAUCCCUUUGAUUGAUGCAUAUAAGUUUGUGGCAAAAUUACACGGGGGAAGUCCGAACAUGAAGUAUACUUUGAGAGAUGCCUACAAUUAUGAGCGUCCUGAUGUUGGAUUUGAAGGUGGCGAUUGUAGUCAGCUCAUGAAGAUUUUUUGGGAUAGGAAGGAAACUGAAGAUGAUUUCUUCUUUGAUUUUGACUGUGAUGAGCAGGCUGUGAGGGGUGAAGAUCUACGCUGUAGCCAGGGAAACAUCAAUUCAUAUCUUCCUGGUGACCCUUUCCUAGAGAGCAUUCGCAGAGUGUACACAGUUGAAGUAUUUCGGGAGGUUCAGCAGUUGCACAAAGAUGGGAUGUUGUGCAGGCAGGAGCAGUUAGAGGUUUCAAAUGUAGGCAAUAUUGUGACGUACAAUGUUUGGCGGUUUGGGAUAGAGCACUUUAAGCAUGUGGUUGUACAUGACACUAGGUUACAGAGAUUCUCAUGCACGUGCAGGUACUACUCUGAGGCGGGCAUGCUUUGUCGCCACAUUCUUCGAAUCUGUCAUGUAAUCUCUGUUGAUGAGUUUCCUAAAGAUUAUAUAUGUAUGAGGUGGACAAAAGGUUAUGGUGCCAGGUCAAGCAUAGCUAAUGAGGGAGAUGGAAAAGCUGUUGGGCCAUUGUUGUGGAAGGCACUAAUUAUGAGACGAUUUUCAGACUUGGUGUAUGCAAGUGAAUAUAACAAAGAUGCAAAGAAAUGUUGUGACGAGGCAGUUGACAGGCUUAAAGAAGAACUAGGCAAUUUCAUUGGUUCAAAUAAUAAUGAUGAGUCUGUAGACAAUGAUGGUGUUAUAAAGAAUCCGGUUGUAAAGAGGAAGAAGUUUGGUCCCAGGAACGAACGUUCUAAAAGCAUUGUUGAGAAGGCAUGUAACAAAGUCAGAGGCAUGAAAACAAAUGCAAGAAUUGCUGCUGACCGAACAAGAGCUUCAGUUGCAUCAGACCUGCAUUAUCAAAGCAUGCCAUUUCCUUAUCCAAAGGGAGCUGCGCAAGAUUUUUCAGGCUCAGGAAGUUUUGCUGUUGUGAAUGCUUCCCAUCAAAGCAUGCCAUCUUUGAACGUAAAUUCUGGUGGAUUCUCAUUUACUAAUCCAAGUGUAGCUGCCCAGGAUUUUUCAGGGCAGGGGCUUCCACUUCUGUGA